UGAUUGGUUCAGUUCUCACAAACGAGCUUCGGUCAUGAUGACUUACUAGCCAGGAAGCGGCGGUUCCCGGAGAACGUAACAUACCGGCCGAUAAGGGCCUUCAGGUGGACUCCACCGUUGUCGGUGUGUGAAGGAGAGUCUGGGAGCAACCUUUGGUCCGUAGCCGGUGGGGAUGAAGGCAGGUUCCCGGAGGUUACUGUGAUAAUUUUCUGUCUGUCGGGUCCGUCUUCCUGUAGCGUCCGACGCUGUCCGCCGGCACUGCGGGUUUUAGGUUUAUGCUGGUGGAGGAUAGCCAUAGGUCACGGGCAUGUAUUUAUCCAGUGUGGAGCUGUGGAGAACAUACUGGGAGUUUGUUUCCAGGCCAUACACGGUGCUCGUCUGCUCCCUGACAGCCGCUCUGUACUGUCUGUGGGGCCGCAAGUGUCAGACCCCCGUCCUGAUAUGUAGCGAAGCUUUUGGCGCAUUCCUCCAUAAACACUGUCCUGUGGUAGCUGAGCGCUUCUGUCCCACUCCCUGGUGCUGGGGAGGACGGCUGCAGACGCUGGUCUGUGCGCUCCUUAAAUCCAAACCCCCCGUCUCGUAUCGCAAUGAGUUGAUUCGUACCAUUGAUGGUGGUCAGAUCUCCUUGGACUGGGUGGACAAUCAUGCCAGCGACACCUACCCGGAAUCGUGCACGCGGCCCAUUGUGCUCAUCCUCCCAGGCCUGACGGGGAACAGCCAGCAGUCCUAUGUGCUUCAUGCUGUUAGCCAGGCAACCAGACGGGGUUACAGAUGUGUGGUCUUCAACAACAGAGGAGUAGGAGGGGAAGAGUUGCUGACGCCUGUCACCUACUGCGCUGCUAAUACUUCAGAUUUGGAGCGAGUUGUGCAGCAUGUGAAAGGCCUGUACCCUCAGGCUCCUGUGCUGGGAGCUGGCGUAUCUCUCGGAGGCAUGAUCUUGUUGAACUACCUGGCCUGUAAGCAAACAAAGUCGGGAAUGGUGGCAGGCAUCACCAUCUCCGUCGCCUGGGACGCGCUGAGGUCGUCCGACUCGAUGGAGGAGCCUCUCAACUGGCUUCUCUUCAACAAACACCUCACCAACGGCCUGCGCCAAAAAGUCACCAGGCACAGGAAGAUUUUGGAGAAAGUGGUGGAUGUCGACUAUGUCCUGAAGGCGCGGACUAUCCGGGAGUUCGACGAGCGCUUCACUUCACAUCUGUUCGGCUACAAGUCUUGCGUCGAUUACUACCGGGACGCCAGUCCAGCCAAAAAGCUCCCACACACCAGCGUACCCAUCCUGUGUCUCAACGCCGCCGAUGACCCCUUCUCUCCACAGAGCGCAUUCCCGGUCUCCAUAGUCCAAGCCCUGCCAAACGUCGCCCUGCUGCUGACGGCUCACGGCGGACACAUCGCCUUCCUGCAGGGCCUGUUUCCUCGGGGGGAGAGCUACAUGGAGCGUCUGUUUGGCCAGUUCGUCCAGGCAGUCUUUGAACACCCGAGGGACAUCAAGAGAGCCUGUGGCGUCAAAAAACACCAGCCCAGCAAAGACCAGAGUGACGGAAAAGAAUAAUCAAUCAAAGAUAGAAGAAAUCUGUAAAGCCUGAUUUAUAUAUAUAUAUAUAUAUAUAUAUAUAUAUAUAUAUAUAUAUAUAUAUAUAUAAAGCAUCAAUUGUUCCUUGCAUGCUGUUAGCCGUCCAGCAAAAUGUCUUGACGUCAUUGCAGCCCUGCUGUUCUACCUCAGACGGAAGCAAAACAAGCUAAUUUAAAAAGGAAAAAAAAUGGUGAAAUCACUGCAGGGAAAGCCACUUUUCAAGUGUUUUAAGUAUGAAGUCCUGGAGCACGUGAAAAGCUUUUGCACACAACAGAAGAAGUAUUUUUGAAUGCUUGGUUUUCGGAAUGCUAACUGCUUUCUAUUUCCUCCCUCAGACAUCCGCUCCGGAUGCAAAGCAUAAUGAUGUGUGCAGAAAAAAAAAAAAAACGGCAACUUCAAAAUGCCUCAAAAAAGGAAUGUGUAAAACUGAACUGCAUUCAUUAGUUUAUUGAUAUAAUGCAAUUUGAUACUGAUGCCUUGGUUCCUCGUGUUCUCCUUUUGCUGUCCUUAAGGUAUUUAAAAUACCUAUUGAAAUGUUCCACUUAAAGCCCCAUGAUGUUCUGUUUGCCUGGCUGCAGUUCAGAGUAUGCCAAAACGUAGAUGCGUGAACAGUGUAUAAGAUACACACUUUAGCUUUCUGUGCACUUAUAAUAUUGCACCAUCUGUCGGUCUGAAUGUGAAGCGUUAUGACAUUUUAUUUUGGUAAAAUGCACCUUGCGUUUGUCAUUUGCACAACGUCUAGUAAAUGUGUGACAGAUGAAUGUCGUAUAUGAGAAGAUUCUGAUGAUUCCUAAAAGGGAUCUUGUUUUGAAUUUAUUUGUCGUAGCGGCGCACAAACGUUUUAAUGAUUGUUCUGACGGGAGCACUUAUUACGAACGGACCUUACGUUUGACGUGGUAAACGGUGAAAAUGAAGUUGGAUUCAUUGCAGAAGACAUCAGUAUUUCAUAUUUUAUGCGACUCUUGGCGAGAAGAGAUUUCAUGCAUUAUUUAUGACCAUGAAUAAAUUAUUGCAGCUAAAAUUGCUAGUUAUAAUAGUGUGUAUUUUGAAAGCUUUUUGACCACGUUUAAAACAUGUUUUUGAUUUUAAUCGGCCUGUAAUUUUGAAGUGACGUUGUUGCCUUUUCAGUGAGAUGUAAACACAAUCAUUUUUAUCAUUAUACAUAGGACACAUAAAGACAAAUAUAUAAGCAAUUAGCUCUGUGU